UCUUUCCUAUGCUGUCUCUGCCAAGUACCUUUUCAAACUCAGACUUGGAUCUCUUGUGUUUCUCAGCAGUUUCCUGCAGUGACUGCUGGCACUCCACCGCAGCUCGGGCUACAUGGUGAUGCCGUGACCAGGCUGGAGAUGGACCUGACCUGUGCCAUCUGCCUGGACACUUACCUUGAGCUGGUGAUGCUGAGUUGUGGUCACAGGAUCUGCAGGGAUUGCACCCAGGAGGAGUGCCCGCAGGACCGUUGCCCACUAUGCCAUACCCAGGCAGACCCAGAGGAGGAAAGGCCUGAAGUGCAAUGUGAAGAGAAGGGGGAAAGCUUGGGACAGCAAGAUGGGGUGAUCCUGUGUGACUUCUGCCUUCAGGAGUCCCAGCCAGCCGUGAAGACCUGCAUGAACUGCGAGGCCUCCCUCUGCCAAGCCCACCUGAGCAAGCACAACACAAAGAGCCCUCUGAAAGAGCACGUCCUGAUAGAACCCUGUGAAGCUCAGGUUUUGGCUGAGAGGAGAUGCCCCCAGCAUGGCAGGCUGCUGGAGUGCUACUGUGUGACAGACUCCGUCUGCAUCUGCAUGCUGUGCUGCAUCAUCAGCUCCCACAAGGACCACGAGAUCACCACUCUGGAGGAGGCUUUUGGCAAAGCACAGGGUUUUUUUACUGAAACCCUGGAAGCAGUGAAAACCCACGAAGCUGCGCUGAAUCACAGCAUAGAAAACCUGCUGAAACAAGAGGAGGAAGUAAAGACUGAGGAGGGCCUGCAGAGGGGUCGGCUGGAGAGCCUCUUCAAAGAGAUGAGUCUGCAGCUAGGAAACAGAAAAGAAGAAGUCCUGAAAGUUCUCAGUCACAACGAGGAGCAACAGCUUUCUUGGAUUCAGAAGGGGAUGCAAAAACACAAAGAGGGGAAGGAUGCAGCCAGCCGUGAUGUACGGGAGCUGGAGGCUCUGAGAGAUCAGAAAGACCUCCUUCUUUUCAUCAAGGCUUUUUCAGCAAUUCAGACCAGGGAACACGAACCAGUUUCUAAGAAUGCUGAUUUAAAACCAAGGCCACCCAUUAUUUUGGAUAAAUUAACAACAGAUGGUACUCUAAGGCUUUUCCAGCAAUUCCUCUCAGACAUGCAGUCCUUAUUUAAAUCACCGCCUGUUCAUGAACAUCUGACAACUUCAGUGUGUCAAGAAGGCAGAUUUGCUUUUGGGAGCAAGGCAUUCCAUGUGUCCCCACGGCACCUACCCACAGUUCCCAAUGUGGAUGCAUUAACAGCCCCUAUCCCCCAGUUCAAGAGCAAUGAGAGCUUCUCAGAAGGCUGUCACUUCUGGGAGGUAGACACUAGCAACAUGAGACACUGGAUGCUUGGAAUUGCUUGUCCCAGGUUUCAGUGCUAUCUGGAAGCGUCUUCUCAUUACCUCUCUCUGUUCCUAGAUAAAACACUGAUCACGGGAAAGCACUUUCCUACAGCCCUCAAAGUGAUCAGGGUAGAGGUAGACUGUGGAAGAAAUAGGCUGUCAUUUUAUAACGUGUCUGUCAAGGAUGGAGAUCCUACUGACAGUCUCCAUCUUUUAGAGGCAGUAAGCAUCCCUUUCAGCUACCCUGUCCAUGCUAUCUUCAAGAUAUUUGAAGGCUCUCUGAAGCUCCUGUAGUGAUGUGGGGACAAGGUGCUGUUUUGUAUUUCCAGGCGAUCUAUCAGGACUGCUGCUGCAUGGAAGCUAUGCUAAGCUGGCAUAUUAGAAACUGGAAUUGGGGCUGCUGUGAUGGCUUUAUCUCUGUGAGGGCAAGGCCUCUGUGGGGUGUAUCACAGCACACAGCUGCUUACCGCAAGAACUCCUGUCUUCUGUUAGUCACAAUGGAAAUGCUGUUAAGUUGUGCUUUUUUGCUCAGCUGUACCAAAUUCCGUGUUGGCUGCAUGCUAUUACAUCUGGUUUUUACUGAACAGCAGUUCAGUUCAUAAAGAAGUUGAACUGCUACAGAACAAAGCAGCAGCAAUGAUGAUCUUUAAUGCACAACUGAAGCCAUCCCGUGCAGAAGCAAAUCUGGGCUGGGAGGCGAGUAGAGACUAGGUGGUAAGACAUCCCGUUUCCUUUCUCUCCACUGCUGACAUCCCCUGUGAGGACUCUGAUAGAUCAUUUACCAACUUUUUUGCAUGAAUUUUGGGUUUUCUUUUCACCUGUGCAAAAAUCUCACAGCAAAGGGAACAAUAAAGCAGAAAACUCUUGUGCUUUUA